AUUAAGUUAACUGAUAAUAAGUUAGUAUUUCGUGUAGAAACGCGUCAAAUUACUCCAAUUUCGUCAAAAUUGAAGUUGGUGGAUCAGGUGUUCCAGAUAGAUAUCUAGGUUAGAAUAACAGGUUAGAGGAAAACUAGAGCUGGUGCCCCGUUUGCAAGUCGCUUUUUUUCGCAUGCUCAAAAGUAUGUUUUUGUGCACAAUCUACCCGAGCCAUGUCGGAUGCCUUUGAGGAAAUACAAGCGAUCAAGAUAAAGAGAAACAGCUACCGUGAGAAAUUACAGAAGAGGAAACGCGAGAGAAAUGAAUUGUACACGCUCACUUCUACGCCGGUUUCAUCCACCCUGACGGCGGAGUCGGCGUGUCCUGAUUCCAAUGCAUCGUCACGCUCGGAUCACAGCGAGUACGAGAGAGAUGUACUUUGCAUCUUGCACGAAUCCUUACCUAACCUACCGAUAACAUCCGCGGACUUGAUAGACCAGCUGCGUAAAAAUCUCAACGCCGAUGUAUCUUCCUCGGACAUCCACAAGAUUUUGGAGAAGCUGGCUGCACAAGAUAUAGUUAAGAUCAAAGAAGUCACGGAGAAUGGAGUGUUUGGCUAUACAGUGCUGUCGGUAACAGAAUCCCAAUCGUCGUGCCAGUCCCAGUCUGACGACACGGAGAAUGCCGAGAGCAUGGAAAUGUCCGAAUUAAAUGACCACGUGCCACCGGAGAAACAGGCGAAGAUGGACAGGAAGAAUACCGAGGACAUCAUGUCUCUGAUUUCGAUGCCGACCAUCAGAGAGAAGGAGAGCAAGAAGGUCGGCGAACAGAUCCUGGACUUACUGUCGAAGCAGACCUCCAAGGAGAAAUCGCUGGCGGAACGAUUUCGUUCUCAGGGUGGUGCUCAAGUCAUGGAAUUCUGUCCGCACGGCACGAAAGUGGACUGCAUGAAAUUGAAUGGGGGCCCGGGAUUCGCGGAGAAGUGCAAGAAGCUGCAUUUUAAAAAGAUCAUACAGAGUCACACAGAUGAAUCCUUGGGGGACUGUAGUUUCCUCAACACCUGCUUCCACAUGGACACGUGCAAAUACGUUCACUAUGAGGUAGACGGCCCCACGGCACAACCGAGAGAAAUCAAUGACUCCGACAGUCCGGGCAAUACCGCGUCCAACAAGACAUUGAACUUGGACAGCAAGAACGGUAGCGGCAGCAGUGGCAACGUAGGUAGCGAGUUGACUCUGUAUCCACCGCAGUGGAUCCAGUGUGAUUUGCGUUACCUCGACAUGACGGUUCUCGGCAAGUUCGCCGUGAUCAUGGCCGAUCCACCGUGGGACAUUCACAUGGAGUUACCUUACGGCACUAUGUCAGACGACGAGAUGAGGCAGCUGGGGAUCCCGGCGCUCCAGGACGAAGGACUCUUGUUUCUCUGGGUGACUGGUAGAGCCAUGGAGCUCGGAAGAGAGUGCCUGCAGCUAUGGGGUUACGAGAGGGUCGACGAGAUCAUCUGGGUAAAGACGAAUCAGUUGCAGAGGAUAAUACGGACUGGUAGGACGGGCCAUUGGCUGAAUCACGGCAAGGAGCACUGUCUGGUCGGGAUGAAGGGCAAUCCUCGUAUCAAUCGAGGACUCGACAGUGACGUGAUCGUCGCCGAGGUUCGCGCUACCAGCCACAAACCCGACGAGAUCUAUGGCAUCAUCGAGCGCAUGAGUCCCGGCACCAGAAAAAUCGAAUUGUUCGGCCGGCCGCACAAUGUACAGCCCAACUGGAUCACGUUGGGCAACCAGGUAGACGGUGUUCAUCUGAUUGAUCCGCAACUUAUUAAAGCCUUCAAGAAACGUUAUCCUGAUGGAAACUCGAUGAAGCCUACCAAGCCGUAAGAUUAUCCUCGUCCAAGGUAAAGGAUUAAAAAUUAAAUGGAGAGAAUGAUACAAUAAGUACAUUUGUAUACAAUACAUUUGUAUACAACUAAAUUUCCAAAGAAUUUGGAACAUUGUAAGAAAAUUUAGACCAAGUUUUUUAUAAAGAUUUUAUUGGUUUAUAUUUCUUUUGUUCAUAAUAUAAUUAAUUCCGCUACUAGAAUCAAACAUUGUUACACUAUUAAGUACGACGUUUGAAUUUGUAUAAUCUUCUCAUCUUUUUUAUAUUUUUCAAAAAUUUGAUAAGCUGUUAAUUAAAAUCUUUAUAAAUAGGAAUGAUAUUUGUCUAUGUAAAUUAAAGCCACUUCACGUUUUGUUAUUUUAUUGCAAAAAAAUGUGUAUAUAUAUUCCAUUUACCAUUUAAAUAUAUGCUAAUACAGAAUGAAUGCAUAUAACUAUAAAUAUAAGACUGAUUUCCCGUGAAUAUUUUGAGAUAGAUAAUAAUAUUUGUACAUAUAUAUUACAUUAUUUCUAAGCCAUGCUUUAUUCAGCAUGUAUGUAUACACGUGUUAAGCUAUUCUUGCUUAAUAAAAUUAAUUAUUGGAGA